CUGAGACCUCACUUCUGCGUCUCCAGGGGUGUCUGGGUCUCUUCCUGCUUCUCCCCAGUCACUCUUGGGCAGGAGUGACAGGCUGACGCUCUGGGCAAUGGUCCCCAGCCAGCCAGCCAGGAGAUGGCCGAGGCGGGAACUGUGUCGUCGCGAAGGGGUGAGGGCGUGGCAGGGCCGUGUCCGCGUCCACAGGUGAGGGCCAGGCCUUCGGAAGCCCCACACGGAGGAGGCGACCCCACCGCGCCCCCAGCACCCCGGGGCCCGCCCGGCCGCCCCGCACGCUCACCGCUUUCUCCAAAUGGCUGCGCGCCUGCUCGCUGUUCUUCGUGUGGUGGUAAAGCACCGAGCCGAGCUGCAGGUGCGUACGGGCCUCGAUUCGCUGAGGCGGCUUGAAGGGAAACACGGCCUGCAGGCAGUGAACGCACAGGCGGAUCUUGGGUGGACUGGACGUGCGGAAGUGCUCGGCGAAACCCAGGAGAGCCAGAUACCACGACUCCGCCGCCUCGGCCUGCGCCGCCUGAGCCGCGGCCGCCUGUGCCGCCGCCGCUGCCUGCGCCGCCGCCGCCGCCUGUGCCGCCAUCUUGGCCUGCACAACAACAAGCCGCCUCCACACAGAGGCGGAAGCACCUCGAGGGGCGGGGCCUGGCGCCCCUGGUGGUUCUCGCGAGAACUGCUGCGCAAGGCAUUCUGGGAUUUAUAGUGUAUAUUCGCAGUGACUGCGACUGAGGGAGAGUUUGAGGAGAAGACGACGUCUCUGCAUUAUCGCAGCUGAGAGUGACACACCUUCAUGAACUGACGCCGGCGGUUUUGUGGAGAAGACUGUUGAUGUCCUAGAAGGGGUUGGACGUGAUUGACGGAGGCCGACUACAUUUCCCAUCAGACCAAGCGCACUAUACACAGUCUCCCUCCUCUCAGGUGGCGCCGGAGCAUUGUGGGAUUGGAUGAAUCUCAAGAUGGACAACCGGGAUGUUGCAGGAAAGGCUAAUCGGUGGUUCGGGAUGGCACAGCCCAAGUCUGGAAAAAUGAAUAUGAACAUCCUCCACCAGGAAGAGCUCAUCGCUCAGAAGAAGCGAGAGAUCGAGGCCAGAAUGGAACAGAAGGCCAGGCAGAGUCAUACAGCCAGCCCACAGCCCCCUCAUCCUGGGGAAAUUGCCAACGCACAUGACUCCUGUAUCUCCAACAAGUUUGCCAAUGAUGGCAGCUUCUUGCAGCAGUUUCUGAAGUUGCAGAAGGCACAGACGAGCACAGAUCCACCCCCCAGUGCCCCUCCAAGCAUACCAACACCCAGCACCUUGAAGAGACCCCUCCUACUCAGCAAGCGGACAGGCUUGGGACUGGGCAGCCCACUGGGCCCUGUGAAGAACUACUCACAUGCCAAGCAGCUGCCCGUUGCACACCGGCCGAGCGUCUUCCAAUCCCCUGAUGAUGAUGAUGAAGAGGACUAUGAGCAAUGGCUGGAGAUCAAAGUUUCACCCCCAGAGGGAGCCGAGACUCGGAGAGUGAUAGAGAAGCUGGCCCGUUUUGUGGCAGAAGGAGGCCCUGAGCUAGAGAAAGUAGCUAUGGAAGACUACAAGGAUAAUCCUGCCUUCACAUUUUUACAUGAUAAGAAUAGCAGGGAAUUCCUGUACUACAGAAAGAAGGUAGCUGAGAUCAGAAAGGAAGCCCAGAAGCCACAGGCAGCCACCCAGAAAGUUUCACCCCCAGAGGAUGAAGAGGCCAAGAACCUUGCAGAAAAGUUGGCCAGGUUCAUAGCAGACGGGGGUCCUGAGGUGGAGACCAUCGCCCUACAGAAUAACCGCGAGAAUCAGGCCUUCAGUUUUCUCUAUGACCCCAACAGCCAAGGGCAUAGACACUACCGGCAGAAGCUGGAGGAAUUUCGGAAAGCCAAGGCAGGCUCCACAGGCUCCGUCCCUGCUCCUGCUCCCAACCCCAGCCUGCGGCGCAAGUCAGCCCCUGAAACCUUGUCAGGGGCUGUGCCCCCCAUCACUGCCUGCCCCACUCCAGUGGCCCCAGCACCUGCUGUCAACCCCACUCCAUCCAUCCCUGGGAAGCCCACCACCACGGCCACUGUGAAGAGGAAGCGGAAGAGUCGAUGGGGGCCUGAAGAGGACAAAGUGGAACUGCCACCUGCCGAACUGGCACAGAGGGACAUAGAUGCCUCGCCUUCACCUCUGUCAGUCCAGGAUCUCAAGGGACUUGGUUACGAGAAGGGGAAACCUGUGGGCCUGGUGGGUGUCACAGAGCUGUCUGAUGCACAGAAGAAGCAGCUGAAGGAACAGCAGGAGAUGCAGCAGAUGUAUGACAUGAUUAUGCAGCACAAGCGUGCUAUGCAGGACAUGCAGCUGCUGUGGGAGAAGGCGCUACAGCAACACCAGCAUGGGUACGACAGUGAUGAGGAGGUGGACAGCGAACUGGGCACCUGGGAGCACCAGCUGCGGCGCAUGGAGAUGGACAAGACACGGGAGUGGGCAGAGCAGCUAACACAGAUGGGUCGGGGCAAGCACUUCAUUGGUGACUUCCUGCCCCCUGAUGAGCUGGAGAAGUUCAUGGAGACCUUCAAGGCCCUGAAGGAGGGUCGAGAGCCAGACUACUCAGAGUACAAGGAGUUCAAGCUGACAGUGGAGAACAUUGGCUACCAGAUGCUCAUGAAGAUGGGCUGGAAGGAGGGCGAGGGGCUGGGCACUGAGGGCCAGGGCAUCAAGAACCCAGUGAACAAGGGUGCCACCACAGUAGACGGAGCUGGCUUUGGCAUUGACCGGCCAGCUGAGCUCUCUAAGGAAGAUGAUGAGUAUGAGGCCUUUCGCAAGAGGAUGAUGCUGGCCUACCGCUUCCGGCCCAACCCCCUGAACAACCCCAGGCGGCCCUAUUACUGAAUACUCUGGAAACACGAAGUCUACUUUCAGAUCGGCCAUCCUGGGACUGUGAAAUGUUCUGGCCUACAUCUCUGGCCACCCUGUUGUCACAAGUGUUGUGCUGUGUAUUAAAGUCCUAAUGCUCUCCUCCCAGCA